UUGCGCAAUCCCUUCGUUUCAUGUGCUGAUGUCCAACAAUAUGUAAAAAGAUCACCGCUUUCGCAACAGUCUCCAAACUUCGAUGUCGGUAUGCAUGUAAGCAAGUAUUACGUUUCUAGCCGAUCUUUACUUUACAACGAUACAACUUGAAAGCGCUGCAAAACAAUGACAAACAAUACACCUCCUGCUGUUGGGCGAAGGGAGUACUUGCUUGCUUCUGGAACAAGGCUCAUAGUGUUCCAAGGCAGCAUGCCCGACUGGCCAAAAAUGCAAUUGGAUAGACCAGACGCAGACCGGAUACGACCCAUCGCGGUAGUCAAUGCUGCUAACCAGAGGCUUUGCGGAGGGGGUGGUGUUGAUGGGAUGAUACACAAGAAAGCCGGGCCGGAGCUCCUUCAAGAGUGCCAAAGUUUGCCAGAAAUCCGGCCGGGGAUUCGCUGUCCUACCGGGGAGGCUGUCGUCACCGGCGGCUACAAGUUCGGCACCGACUACAUCAUCCACACAUGCGGCCCGGUGUAUGCCACCGAUAAGAGGGCGGAAUGCGAGGGGUACCUGACCAACGCGUACAGACACUCGCUCCAGGCUGCAACCAAGCUGGGGACCAAGGUCGUUGCAUUCGCAGCCAUCUCGACCGGCGUGUAUGCCUACCCCAUCCGAGAGGCAACGAAGACCUCCUUCACCGUCCUCAAGGACGCCAAGCCGCCAGUCCAGGAGGUGUGGGUCGUCAUGUUCAUGCAAAGUGACUUCGACACGGCUGUUGCAGUGGCCCAGGAGCUCAACCUGCAGGAGUACGUGCCCGGGCAGAUGCCGCUGCCCCUCCCGUCACCACCGCAACAACAACAACAACAACAGGAAACACAGCCUGCCCAAUCGCAACUGCAGCUGCCUCAACAGCCGCAAGUGCCACAACAGCAGCAACCGCAGCAGCAACAACAACAGCAGCACAAAUCCCCGCAAGAGCUCCCCUGGAACGCAGCCAUGUCGGGCCUGCUGUCCAACAACUCCCUCCUGCACGUGCAGCUGCCGCCCACGCAGCCGUCUUGACGGGGCCCAGAGCAUGUGGAGCCUGCUCGGGGUGGACAGCCCAGCGUGAGCAGCAGCAGCAGCGGCGGAGGAGGCGGCCGUGUGGACGGUGCUGCUGUUGAGGUCGUCGCCACUGGUGCUGUGUUGGGUAGCAACAUCCCGAUCACAUGCUUGGAGGCAGGAAAGGAAGGAACACGUGAAGCGAGCUUACCUGGCAGCACGCGCGCAGGCUGCGGGCGUCAGGGAGCAGCGCAGGAGCGGCUGAGGCUGCGGCUGCCAAACAGGGCUGAAGCAGGCGGCAGUUGGAAUGGCAGCUGCAGCGGUGACGAGAGCUCUUGCUUUGGGGUCUCAAGGGGACGAGCUGUUAGUGCCAGCGGUGGCGCUGGCGGGGUUGCUGCCUCAAGCGGUGUUGGCAGCGGCGGAACGAGGAGGGCGAGGAGCAGCAGCGGGGCCGUUAGCAACGCGGCAGGCGCCAGCGACAGCGGCGGGAACCAACUGGUACGACCCACGCUGUCCGCUACUGCGGCAACGUCGGCAGCAGCAGCGACGGUGCUGCCGGCCCGCAGGUCCCAGGUGCGGUACUCCCUGCCCGGUGAGGCCUUCGAGGGAGGGGGCGGAGCACGGCGUCGGUCGUCCGUGCACCGGCCCACUGACAUCUGCAUGAUACCGGUGGCGAGUGGAGCGCCCUCGGCAGCAGCGACAGCGCCGCUGCCGCCGUGGCUUUCGCUACCGGGAUGCUUCUUACCGGGAUCAUGGCAGUCAGCGGGGGCAGCAGAGUUAUGGGAUGGCCUAGGGUUGGGAGUGGAGGCAGGAAAGGCGACGAUGGGGCCUGUGGAAGCCUCCUUGCUAGGUGGUUCCACUUGGCAGCGGCAGCAACAGGAGCCGUUACUGAUGCGGCCGCCCAGGGGGCUCCUGGGGCCUUGCUAGGCGGAGUAAGGGAGGUGGUGGCAACGGUUUUCAGGCUGUUGGAAACCCAACGUGCCGUAAGGAAGGGUCCGUUACGCAUUGCGGGGAAACACAAUCAUGUACAGUACGGUAUAUAACGAUUCGUCGGGGCGCUUUCCAUAUUUACGGUUGGAUCUCACCCGGAUCCCUCGUGUGCCAGUGCCUGCUAGCUGCGCUAAUGCGUGACUUCUGUAAACUGAUCACGGGUAGAUGGUCAGAUAGGCGAGCACCAAGUUUGCACGGUGGGAGCUUUUUAUGCGUCGCACCGCGGCAGGUUUUCAUAACCCAACCGUUAGACGUCCAACAUAUUACAAGGCAG